GGGCGAGAGGCAGCGGUACAGGCACCAUCUGCAGUGUCAAUGCGGCGCUGGGGCUGAAGGAGGGAAACGCCGCUCUUCCAGGGGAGACUGCCCUGCUGAGUCCUGGCCCUCCGGAGGGACGCCUGUGCUGGUUGCUGCUGUGUGGACAGGACCUCGCUCUGAGAUGAAAACCAUGCCUUGGAACUGGACUUGCCUGUUGUCCCACCUCCUGGUGGUAGGGAUGGGCUCUUCUACUCUGCUUUCACGGCAGCCCCCCCAGCUGUCUCAGAAGCGGUCAUUCGUCACAUUCCGAGGGGAGCCCACUGAGGGCUUCAAUCACCUUGUGGUGGAUGAGAGGACAGGACACAUUUACUUGGGGGCUGUCAACAGGAUCUACAAGCUCUCGAGUGACCUCAAGGUCUUGGUGACUCAUCAGACAGGGCCAGAUGAAGACAACCCCAAGUGUUACCCACCUCGUAUUGUUCAGACCUGCAAUGAACCCCUGGCCAGCACCAAUAAUGUUAACAAAAUGCUGCUUAUAGACUACAAGGAAAACAGGCUGAUUGCAUGUGGGAGCUUGUACCAGGGUAUCUGCAAGCUCCUCAGGCUGGAGGACCUCUUCAAGUUGGGAGAGCCCUUCCACAAGAAGGAACACUACCUCUCGGGGGUUAACGAGAGUGGCUCGGUCUUUGGGGUGAUUGUCUCCUACAGCAAUUUGGAUGAUAAACUCUUUAUUGCCACCGCAGUGGAUGGCAAGCCUGAAUAUUUUCCUACCAUCUCUAGCCGCAAGCUGACUAAGAACUCCGAGGCAGAUGGCAUGUUUGCUUUUGUUUUCCAUGACGAAUUUGUGGCCUCUAUGAUCAAGAUCCCUUCCGACACCUUCACUGUCAUCCCCGAUUUUGAUAUCUACUACGUCUAUGGUUUCAGCAGUGGCAACUUUGUCUACUUUUUGACCCUUCAGCCAGAGAUGGUGUCUCCCCCGGGCUCCACGACAAAGGAGCAAGUGUACACGUCCAAGCUUGUGAGGCUUUGCAAAGAGGACACAGCCUUCAACUCCUACGUGGAGGUGCCCAUUGGCUGUGAGCGCAAUGGGGUGGAGUAUCGCUUGCUGCAGGCUGCCUACCUGUCUAAGGCUGGUGCUGUGCUGGGCCGGACCCUGGGAGUCCGUCCGGAUGCUGACCUCCUCUUCACUGUCUUCUCCAAGGGCCAGAAGCGGAAGAUGAAAUCUCUGGAUGAGUCGGCCCUGUGUAUCUUCAUCUUGAAACAGAUCAACGACCGCAUCAAGGAGCGCCUGCAGUCCUGUUACCGAGGCGAGGGAACACUGGACCUGGCCUGGCUCAAGGUGAAGGACAUCCCUUGCAGCAGCGCGCUCCUAACCAUUGAUGACAACUUCUGUGGCCUGGAUAUGAAUGCCCCUCUGGGAGUGUCUGAAAUGGUACGUGGCAUCCCGGUCUUCACGGAGGACAGGGACCGCAUGACUUCCGUCAUCGCGUAUGUCUACAAGAAUCACUCUCUGGCCUUCGUGGGCACCAAAAGUGGCAAGCUAAAGAAGAUCCGAGUGGAUGGGCCCAAGGGCAAUGCCCUCCAGUAUGAGACUGUGCAGGUGGUGGAACCAGGCCCCGUACUCCGGGACAUGGCAUUUUCCAAGGACCACGAGCAACUCUACAUCAUGUCAGAAAGGCAGCUCACCAGAGUUCCUGUGGAGUCCUGCGGGCAGUAUCGGAGCUGUGGCGAGUGUCUUGGAUCGGGUGACCCCCACUGUGGCUGGUGUGUGCUCCACAACACGUGCACCCGGAAGGAACGGUGCGAGCGCUCCAGGGAACCCCGAAGGUUUGCCUCGGAGAUGAAGCAGUGUGUCCGGCUGACAGUCCAUCCCAACAACAUCUCUGUCUCUCAGUACAAUGUGCUGCUGGUCCUAGAGACGUACAAUGUCCCGGAACUGUCAGCAGGUGUCAACUGUACCUUUGAGGAUCUGUCAGAGAUGGAUGGGCUGGUAAUAGGCAAUCAGAUCCAAUGCUACUCCCCUGCAGCCAAGGAGGUGCCCCGCAUCAUCACAGAAAAUGGAGACCAUCAUGUUGUCCAGCUGCAACUCAAGUCGAAGGAGACCGGUGUGACUUUCGCCAGCACCAGUUUUGUCUUCUACAACUGCAGCGUCCACAACUCAUGUCUGUCCUGUGUGGAGAGCCCAUACCGCUGUCACUGGUGUAAAUACCGGCAUGUUUGCACCCAUGACCCCAACACCUGCUCCUUCCAGGAAGGCCGAGUGAAACUGCCCGAGGACUGCCCCCAGCUGCUGCGAGUGGACAAGAUCCUGGUUCCAGUAGAGGUGAUCAAGCCCAUCACUCUGAAGGCCAAGAACCUCCCACAGCCUCAGUCUGGACAGCGAGGCUACGAAUGCAUCUUGAACAUCCAGGACACCGAGCAACGGGUUCCUGCCCUGCGCUUCAAUAGCUCCAGUGUGCAGUGCCAGAAUACCUCUUAUUCCUAUGAAGGGAUGGAGAUCAACAACCUGCCUGUGGAGCUGACAGUCGUGUGGAAUGGGCACUUCAACAUUGACAACCCGGCUCAGAAUAAAGUUUACCUAUACAAGUGCGGGGCCAUGCGUGAGAGCUGUGGGCUGUGCCUCAAAGCUGACCCAGAUUUUGAGUGUGGCUGGUGCCAGAGCCCAGGCCAGUGCACCCUGCGCCAACACUGCCCUGCCCAUGAGAGCCGGUGGCUGGAACUGUCGGGAGCCAACAGCAAAUGCACCAACCCUCGGAUCACAGAGAUCAUCCCAGUGACGGGCCCUCGGGAAGGGGGCACCAAGGUCACCAUCCGAGGGGAGAACCUGGGCUUGGAAUUCCGGGACAUUGCUUCCCAUGUCAAGGUGGCUGGUGUGGAAUGCACUCCCUUGGUGGAUGGCUACAUCCCUGCAGAACAGAUCGUGUGUGAGAUGGGAGAGGCCAAACCCAGCCAGCAUGCAGGCUUCGUGGAGAUCUGUGUGGCUGUGUGCCGACCUGAGUUCAUGGCCCGCUCCUCCCAGCUCUAUUAUUUCAUGACCCUGACUCUUGCAGACCUGAAGCCCAGUCGGGGACCCAUGUCUGGGGGCACACAGGUCACCAUCACAGGCACGAACCUGAAUGCAGGCAGCAAUGUGGUGGUGAUGUUUGGGAGCCAGCCAUGCCUCUUCCACAGGCGCUCACCAACCUACAUUAUCUGUAACACUACGUCUUCCGAUGAGGUGCUGGACAUGAAGGUGACCGUGCAGGUGGACAGGGCCAGGAUCCGACAGGACCUUGUCUUUCAGUAUGUAGAGGAUCCCACCAUCGUGCGUAUUGAGCCAGAGUGGAGCAUUGUCAGUGGGAACACACCUAUCGCUGUCUGGGGAACUCACCUGGACCUCAUACAGAACCCCCAGAUCCGUGCCAAGCAUGGAGGGAAAGAACACAUCAAUAUCUGUGAGGUCCUCAAUGCUACUGAGAUGACCUGCCAGGCUCCAGCCCUUUCCCUGGGUCCUGACCACCAGUCAGAUCUCACUGAGAGGCCUGAAGAAUUUGGUUUCAUCCUAGACAAUGUCCAGUCUCUGCUAAUUCUCAACAAGACCAACUUCACCUACUAUCCUAACCCUGUGUUUGAGGCUUUCAGUCCCUCAGGAAUCCUGGAGCUCAAGCCUGGCACCCCCAUCAUCCUAAAGGGCAAGAACUUAAUCCCACCCGUGGCGGGAGGCAAUGUGAAGCUGAACUACACCGUGCUAGUCGGGGAGAAGCCGUGCACCGUGACAGUGUCCGAUGUUCAGCUGCUCUGCGAGUCUUCCAACCUCAUCGGCAGGCACAAAGUGAUGGCACGGGUGGGUGGCAUGGAGUAUUCCCCUGGGAUGGUGUACAUUGCCCCAGACAGCCCGCUCAGCCUGCCCGCCAUCGUCAGCAUCGCAGUGGCUGGUGGUCUCCUCAUCAUCUUCAUCGUGGCGGUCCUCAUCGCCUACAAACGCAAGUCCCGAGAAAGCGACCUCACGCUGAAGCGACUACAGAUGCAGAUGGACAACCUUGAGUCCCGUGUGGCCCUGGAGUGCAAAGAAGCUUUUGCAGAGCUGCAGACAGAUAUCCAUGAGCUCACCAGUGACCUGGACGGAGCUGGGAUUCCCUUCCUGGACUACAGGACCUACACGAUGCGGGUGCUGUUCCCAGGGAUUGAAGACCAUCCUGUGCUACGUGACCUGGAGGUCCCAGGCUACCGGCAGGAGCGUGUGGAGAAAGGCCUGAAGCUCUUCGCCCAGCUCAUCAACAACAAGGUGUUCCUCUUAUCUUUCAUCCGCACUCUUGAGUCUCAGCGCAGCUUCUCCAUGCGUGACCGAGGGAACGUGGCCUCUCUCAUUAUGACGGUCCUUCAGAGCAAGCUAGAAUAUGCCACCGAUGUGCUGAAGCAGCUCUUGGCUGACCUCAUUGAUAAGAACCUGGAGAGCAAGAACCAUCCCAAGUUGCUGCUCAGGAGGACGGAGUCAGUGGCUGAGAAGAUGCUAACCAAUUGGUUUACCUUCCUCCUCUACAAGUUCCUCAAGGAGUGUGCUGGGGAGCCCCUCUUCUCCCUGUUCUGUGCCAUCAAGCAGCAGAUGGAGAAGGGCCCUAUCGACGCCAUCACAGGAGAGGCCCGCUACUCCCUGAGUGAGGACAAGCUCAUCCGGCAGCAGAUCGAAUACAAAACCCUGGUCCUGAGCUGUGUCAGUCCAGAUAACGCUAACAGCCCAGAGGUCCCCGUGAAGAUCCUCAACUGUGACACCAUCACCCAGGUCAAAGAAAAGAUUCUGGAUGCCAUCUUCAAGAAUGUACCAUGCUCCCACCGGCCCAAGGCUGCAGACAUGGACCUGGAGUGGCGGCAAGGAAGUGGGGCAAGGAUGAUCCUACAGGAUGAAGAUAUCACCACCAAGAUCGAGAAUGACUGGAAGAGACUCAACACGGUAGCCCACUACCAGGUGCCAGAUGGCUCUGUGGUGGCUUUAGUGUCCAAGCAAGUGACAGCCUACAAUGCAGGGAACAACUCCACAGUCUCCAGGACUUCAGCAAGUAAAUAUGAAAACAUGAUCCGGUACACAGGCAGCCCUGACAGCCUCCGUUCCCGAACACCCAUGAUCACCCCUGAUCUGGAAAGUGGAGUCAAGUUGUGGCAUCUGGUGAAGAACCAUGAGCAUGGAGAUCAGAAGGAAGGGGACCGGGGGAGCAAGAUGGUGUCUGAAAUCUAUCUGACACGACUAUUAGCCACAAAGGGCACACUGCAGAAGUUUGUGGAUGACCUGUUCGAGACCAUCUUCAGCACAGCCCACCGUGGCUCUGCUCUGCCCCUGGCCAUCAAGUACAUGUUUGACUUCCUCGAUGAGCAGGCAGACAAGCAUGGCAUCCAUGACCCGCACGUCCGCCACACCUGGAAGAGCAACUGCCUGCCCCUGCGGUUUUGGGUGAACAUGAUCAAGAACCCUCAGUUCGUGUUCGACAUCCAUAAGAACAGCAUCACGGAUGCCUGUCUGUCUGUGGUGGCCCAGACCUUCAUGGACUCCUGCUCCACUUCAGAGCACCGGCUGGGCAAGGACUCCCCGUCCAACAAACUGCUGUAUGCCAAGGAUAUCCCCAGCUACAAGAACUGGGUGGAGAGGUAUUACUCAGACAUCGGGAAGAUGCCAGCGAUCAGUGACCAGGACAUGAACGCGUACCUGGCCGAGCAGUCGCGAAUGCACAUGAACGAAUUCAACACGAUGAGCGCCCUCUCCGAGAUCUUCUCUUACGUGGGCAAAUACAGUGAAGAGAUCCUUGGACCCCUGGACCAUGAUGAUCAGUGCGGGAAGCAGAAACUGGCUUACAAACUAGAACAAGUCAUAACCCUCAUGAGCUUAGACAGCUGAGAACUGUCCUUCCAGGGCCAUCCUGGAGGGAGGGACACACCAAGCCGUGCCUCGGUCUAGAUACCAUCUUUACCAAGUACAAGUUCCGACAGGCAUCAACAGCAGCAACCCCCCCAAGUGCAAGUUCCGACAGGCAUCAACAGCAGCAACCCCCCCAGCAGCGCCGUCUCUCCUUUCGUUUCUCUCCCUCUUCUGUCUCUCCCUCUUUCCGGAGUCCCACCUCUUUUAGUUGCUCUGCCAGUGUGAUUGGAUCACGUCACUGAUCCCUCAGUCAGUCCAGGGAUGGCCAGGCCCAUGGUGAGAGACCAGACCAGAAGAUAUCAAAGAAGCUCUCCCUCCCGGCUGCUCCUGGCCCCGUGCAUCAGCAGCAGGGCUCAGAUAAGGAUGAGGAGCUGAGGGCGGAGAACUUUCCUAUGCUGCUACUUCACCUUCUGCGUUGAGAAUCCCCAUUGUGGUCCAAAACCUGGCUUCGGGAAGCAACUGUGAGCUCAGUAUUAUCUGAAGUAGGAGGCAUCACUCGGAUCUCCCUGUCCACACACUCAACAAGAGGCCAGGCAGUGGCCUGGGUGCUUUGUAACUGUGGGGAAAAGGCCUUGCCUCCUACAGAUGUUGGAGUAGGGACCAGUGGAAGUUUAAGGAUGCUCUCUCAGGGGCCACUGCCUACUUGUUUGGUGUCCAGCAGCCUUCCAUCCCCUUCCAAUAUCCUUGGAGGCCUUCCAAGUAUCCAUCCUGACCUUUCUCCCCUUCCUGUGAAAAGUCAGACAGGGGAAAGCUAACAGUCACAUUCCACUAUGGAGAUGCUCCUACGUCACCUAAUCUGGUUCCUAAUAGCAGAAAUGUAACAUGGAGAGAGAGAAGAGGAAAGAGAGUAUCAUCUAUGCCAGAAGCAACAUUUAUUGUUCUCUAUUCACCUCCAAGUACAAAUGCAUCCUGACAGUCGUCAGGGGUCCAUUGCCAGAGCCUCAUGUGUUGUCUAGAGAAGGCAUCUCCAUGCUCCUUUGUCACCAUCGUCUCAGCUCACCGUGAAAUGCAGAGUGCAUCUAGGAGAUUCUACCUCCGGCCGUCUCCAAGGCUCCAUCCCCGCUGUCAUUGAGAAUGCCAGAGAAGGCCAGGGCAGACAGCCCAGCCCCUGUCCCCACUGCAGAAUCUGGUGCCAUUGCUAUGCAGAUGACUUUGUCACUGGACGGUCCAGACCUCUGUGGGAAUUGUCUCAUCAACAUCUCAGCUGUCUCUUCAGUGGCUCGUCUUCCUCAUCUCUUCUGACGUCAUCGCUGGAGGAAACAUACUUAAGCACAGCCUCUCCAAGACAAAGCAAGAUGCCAGCCAGCCAGCCUCAGACACCAGCUUGUGCUUGGAAGGGACUGGAGAGCCAAGUGAGGGACCUGGUUGGAUACAGAGAAAAGUGCAUGCCACAAACCAUGGCCUUGGCAUUUAUCUUUCCAUUGUAUUUUUCCAUCUAUGGAUAUGCCAUUUUGUGUUAGCCAGUCAGGCAAACGUAUGCUCAGAAAUGUAACACGUGGUUAUGACAAGAGGUGGUCUCCUAGUGGGUCCCCUAGUGGGUCUUGGGGACCUACAAUCUUGAAGGGAUCUUAGAUAGUGAAUGUUCCAGUCUCUAUCAUAAGCACGAAUCCCUUUUGGCAGCUCGGGCUUAUCCACCACUCACGGAGAAAAGAGAGGCAUUGGAGAAGGGGCUGUUAAUAGCGUUCUACAUUCUUGCCUUCCUUCAUGCUCCAUGCUUAAUGUUGUUUCUUCCAUCACACAAAAGAAGUCUCACAUGGAGAAGGAGCUAUAUCAUGUCAAACCAAGUCCAUGUGAUAUCCUGCAAACUUUAAGGACAUGAGCCCCUUUGUGUAUGAGAAAGCAAGGUUAAGGGAGGCGCUUAAAAUUCUGCAGGAAGCAUGGGAAGGCUUUUUUGUCCCAUGUUGGAGGAUGCUGAGAUGGUCUCCUUCUCUGUCCCCUGGCUCAUCUGUCCACCACUCAGUGUCAAUAUAACACUGAGUGUUAAUGUCUGUGGCAAGAGCAUUUUUCUGUCUAUAGGAAAUCAGGAUGUCACCUGCCUGUCAAAGGGUGAACUUUGGCAACCCAGAGCAGGAGGCACCGUGUGGUUUUGCUGUGGACAAAAUGGCAAAGACACACCAAUGUAGCAAACAGGAAGAGAGGUCCAGGGAAAGGUGCAUUGGAAGUGGGGAAGGGUGAUGAAAAGAAAAAACAAAAACAAACAAACAAACAAACCCACCAGAGGUUUUGGCAAAUCAAGUGCCAGGAGGAAACAUGUAGAAUUCUAUCGCUGAUUGUUGUUCUUCCUCCAUGAAGCCAAGGGACCUGGCAGGCUUUGGGGUGCAUGUGGGAGCAGGCUGAAGGAAUUUUUUUUUGCACAUAUGAAAGGUUGGGGAGGACAGAGACAUGAAUAUAUUUAAGACAGGUUUGCCGGAUGGAAGCUUUGUGUGUGUGAGUAGGUGCAUGGGUGAGUGGGCUUUGAUUUUUAAGUUUUGCACAGUUCGAGAAAAAUGAGCAAGCAGCAAAAAGAGACUGUUACCAUGGCUUUGCUGAUGCUUUUUUUUUUCUGUAUGAUUUUACUGUUGUUAUUAUUAUUUUGUCGGUACAGAAUUUUUUCCUUGCUUUUGUUAACAAGCAAAACUUCAAACGCCUCAGAGACAUACACUUAUCAGGAAGAAAGAGGCGCGGACAGCCUCGCCUGUAUUUCCUGGGUCACCUCAUUUCUCUUGAGGGGGGCAUUUUUCGGCAGAUUAUUUUACUUUAAUUGGCAAUGUGGGUUCUUCCUGGCACUUCAUAGGCAUUCCCUGUGGCCUGCUUGAGGACUCAGAAGUCAAGCCAAUCUUACCUGUAAAAAUCUUUCCUUUUGCUGUUUGCUUGUUUGUUUUCCAUUUGUUUUUAUUGCAAGUGUGAUACAUUUAAAACCAAGGCUAGGCAACAUUGUCCGAAAUCCAUCAAAUCCUCCCAGAUAUUCCUUCCCAACACCCCCUUGGGAUUCUCUAGUUGCUUUUAGGCAGAGAAACUAGGACAUGUGACAGAGUGGUACCUAGCCUUCUGCCCAGAGUUCACUUGUGGGGUAUUGCAGACCUGCUGAAGGUGGAACCUGUAUUUAUCUCUUGGAGUUUGUUCAGAGGGUAGGUGUGAGGGAACAGGUAUUCUCUCUCACCUCCGAUUCACCUCACUUUUGCAUCCUCCUGCUUCUGACCCCACUGAUCAAAAUGGUACUGAUCACACAUCCCGAAUGACUGACCAGGUGAGGAUUUGAAUCUUGAAGGGAGAAGACUAGCAGGGCAUAGGAGAAACCUGGGAAGCGUAUCUGCAGGCUGGUUACUUCUCUGUGGCAUUUGUCUCUCUAGGUGUGGGCGUGGUCUGGUCAUGUCUUCAUCCUUCCCUGUAAGGAGACACCGUAAUGUUUCUUAGUGCCAUGAAGUUGUUAGCUUUUGUGUCAGUAACUUCCUCAGGAAAAUACUUUCUUGCCUUCUUCUUUCAACACAGUUUUUAACUUGGGGACAGAGAAUAAACACAAAACACCCCUACCCUAAACCAAGGUACUUUGCAACCCUGUGCAACAUGGCAUGACCAGAGCCAGCCCCUGGAGCCUCCAUAUUGGGAGUCCACAGCCUUGGAGUGAGCUCAGGAUGGGUGCCUGAGUGGGGACACAUCUGGAAAGAGAAAUGCUUUUAAUGAAUCCCACAGCUCAAGGCAGUGUAUCCAGGAUGAUUUGAAAGAUGCAGGAGUUGCUAACAGACAGAGUCUUUCUGUGCUUGCAGGUUCAGGUCCUGCUUAAACUGGCUUCAUGUUGAUAUAAUAAUGCCCAGCAUAUCCAGCACCCUAACAUUCCAUUCUGGAGCUCCAUGGUGCUCAUGUACCACCCCAUACCGAUCCACCCACCCCAGUGUACAUGUCUGACUCUUGAGUGUGCCCUACUCUGGCAGCUAGCUUCCUCCCUGUUCUUCCCUGUUCCCUCCCUCAGGCCAAGCACUAAUUAUGAUACAGGAGUUAUUCAGUUUAUGAGGAGUGAGUGCUGCCCCACCCUAGCUUUGGCUGCUUCCCCUGACUCAUAGGGUGUCCUCUCCUCUCCUCAAUGCCCUGCAGGUCCUCCACUAGAGGAGCCACAAGCAAUGGCAUCCCAAAUGAUCUCUAAGAUGCAAGGCUCUGCCACACUUUCUGGGACCCUGGGUGUUGCUACUGUAGUCCAUCCUGGCCUAAGCACCUCUCAUUUUGACAUAAAUAGGAGAACCUCCUUUCUGUCUUCAACCCUAGCACUCUCUGCCUUUGGCUUCACCAGACAGCAAGCAAAUGCUUCAUCUCGAGAAAGCCCAGUGCUCCUGUAAUCAGGAAUAAAUUGCCCCCCUCUUCUCACAGAGAGCCCCAGAAACCAGGAGAUGACUGACAUUGAGAGGUACCAGCAGGUGGGGGAGACUCAGAGGUACUCAGCUUAUGUCCCUUCCAAGGGCAGCACUGAGUGACAGUUCCAGCAAGCUCCUAAAGGAGGCUUGGUGUUCAGGGGCAUUUCUGUGAAUGAACCAAGGUGACCCUGUCCAGGUAGCUAGCUGUCCCGGCUCUUCUCUGGCUUUUCCUCCAUGUUCCUCACCCACAUCUAGGGCCUCCACACAUCCUUUCAGGACAGGGGGACCCUGACUUCAUAGCCCUUACCUUUGGAAAAUAAAAGAUAUGGGAUAUUUGAUUGGGGCUUUGUAGUUCAUUAGUUUUUUUGGUUUGUUUGUUUUUUUUUUUUUGCCACUUAUCUUAAGAACUUGAAAGUAAUGAGGAAGCCUGGAUGUGGAUAUUAAAUGACUAAGAGGAAGAGUUAAGCAGAAUAUUAAAUUUUUCCAGUGACUUCUAAGCAGAUGAGGCGAUCUUAAAGGUGAGCGUGAGAACUGCCCCUUCAUUAGUAAAGAAAAGUGUUCAGAGAUUCCUCCAUGUGAGCUGUGAACAUGCCAGGAGAAGCAUCCUCGUGGCUGCUAAUACCCUCACGCUUCCCCUGCCCUUUUGAUAGACAGAGCCCACUCCGGAUUCACCCCAGGGCAUUCUGCAUGGAACCAGCUCAAGCUUCAUUCUUAUAAGUGGGUGGUUGGGCUACCAUUCCAGACGAUGGUAAAGGGCCAAAUCCCCAAAGAGGCUGGGAUCUUGUAAUCUUCUCCUGGUGCUCUGAGGGGGGGGUGGUCACACCAUUCCUCCCAUUUAGGAAGCAAUCACUGCAGGAAAUGUUUUCAAUAUUAGGAGAGACUUUCUGUUUUACUGCAAAUCAUUGCUCUUCAAUAAUAUUGCUUUUUAUUAGAUGGAGCAUCCAAGUUUAAAAAAAAUAUUUAAGUCUUUCGGUUGUAAAGGCAGAACGUCUUCAUUGGCGUCCUGUUGGAAUCCCUUGAGUAGACUGAUGGCUAACAGGGCUGAGCAGAACAAGCAGUUCCCGAGGAGUGAGGAGAACGUCCUGUUCUAGCUCCUAGAAGAGAUGGCAAGGGCUCUAAGCGGUGGGGUCUUUGCUUAGGGAGUCUCACGUCCCUCCUCUCUCUUUUCUCCUCCCUUUUCCUGGGCUCCUAUCUAGUCCUGGCUUUCUGGGCUGUCUCUGGAAUUGAUGAAUCCUUUAUAUUGUUUCUUGGCUUCCUUUAAACUGCACUGAAGCUCAGUUUUGGGGGACCCAUGUUCUCCCUCCCCAAUAACACAAAAGCAAGUGGACAGUCAUUCAGCAAGUUUCUGCCUCUUUGCCCAUUUCUUUUGUUGGUAUCUUUAAACUUAAGACUCAAGCACAUGUUGGAAGGGCUCCCUUAUGAGUGUAGAGUUCAAAACAGCAGAGGGUACAGUUCAACAGCACCCCCAAAGACACUCUGAAGCAGAGAACACUUCAGCAAGCAGAACUGAGGAAGGUUCCUGUGCAGAGAUCAGUUCCAUUGGAGCAAGAGGCGAAGAUGGGCUAUGUGUCCUCAUCUGUCUUCCCGUUCCUUCCCUGGCAUCUUGUCAGCUUGAGGACUUAGGAAACCUUCUGUCCUUUAAAAUGAAAAGCUAGUUUACCUCAAAGAAUCUUGUUUCCAUUUGGAAACCAAUGACAUGGCUUGAGAAUGGAUGAUCCUCCCCACAUCCCUCCUGGCCUGGACCUGGUGUCCUUCGGGCAUGUGAUCCUAGCUUAGUCCUGGGUUGGCUGCCCUGAGAAGGAACCAGGUUCCCAGGCCUAAACUGGGAAGGAAAGACUGGAUGCAGCCUUCCUCCCCCACUUAGCCCACAGGAAACAGCCUCUUCCAGCAGGGUCCUGUGGAGUUACCAUAGCAACCGGCAACUCCAGGUAUCACAAAAGACAAUGACUCCAAGAACUAAGAUGUGGGAGAGAGCAGGGGUUCUGGCCUGGUCAGGGUACCCAGAAUUAAGCCCCAGAUGCUAGGAGGGCAAAGAAGGAGGAGAAAUAGAAAUGGACGCACUAUUGGGUUAAGCACCUCAGGGGCCGAGCGAGUUUGAACGAGAGGCCACUGAAAGCGGCGGGACAGAUCAUUUCUGUUCUCAUCACUUGCCCCUUUCCGGCGUGCCCCACUUCUGUUCCAAAACGCUCACCUUGAAUACUGACCCUUCGAAAGAAGAAAGCAAAAUGUAUCUUUAGACAACAGUGUUACCCUGAGCCUCAAGGGCAGGUGGAUGGGGUCUCUGAAAAAAAAAAAAAGGGUCUUCUGGUUUCGAUUUUUAAAGAAGAGUAUCCUAGUAAGAUUUAAAAAAAAAUUUAAAAAAGUUUUUAAAAGAAAACCUAUGCUAUUUAAAUUGGAGCCCAGUUGUAACUUGGUAAAGGCAAGCUUCUGUACCUUUGUUAUAAUUAAUUGUAUACCUGUGUAUGUAAAUAUAAGGCAUUCCUAUUUUGCAGUUCAGAACAAAAAAAAACUAUUUGUAAUAUAGAAUAAAGUUUAUUAAAAAAUAAUAAA